UGUGCGGAGCCGGAAAUGGAGAGACCGGAAGAGGCGGGGACUCCUUGGACCGGAAGAGGGGUCUGGCCGGAAGUGGAGUGGCGGCAGCGUGGGCUAGCCAUGGGUCGGAAGAAGAAGAAGGGGUCUGGAAGCGCUGCAUCACGGCUGGUGGUGACUUUUGAUGAGGAGAGGCGGAGGGAGUACCUGACUGGCUUCCAUAAACGGAAGGUGGAGCGGAGGAAGGUGGCCCUGGAGGAGAUCAAGAGGAAGCUGAAGGAGGAGCAGAGGAAGAUGAAGGAGGAGAGGCACAAGGAGUACCUGAAGAUGCUGCGCGAGCGGGAGGAAGCUCUUGAUGAGUUUGAUGAACUGGAGCACUUGGUGACAUCGCGGACGGAGUCAGUGAACAUUGACCACCCAAACCAUAUUGUAACAGUCACAACCAUCAGUGACCUGGACCUCUCAGGUGCACGCCAGCUGGGACUGACCACCUCUGAGGGAAAAAGUGAUGGUUCAGAAGAAGAGAAGGGGGAAGAGGUGGUGAACAAGCCUGCUACAGCAAUGCCCAAGAAGUCCAGAAACCCUUUCCUAUCUGAAAAGAUCUCUUCUCUUACUGCUACGCUGCACAUGCACAGCCGGAAAAAGAAGAAAGGAAAGCGACCCCAACGUGGGCAAGGUCCAUUUAAGAAAAUCCAGAAACCCACCAUGAGGCGAACCACUAAGACUCAGCGACGGAGGCUAACGGGUAAAAUGGGCCGCGACCAAGAUUAAUGGAGAGCCAGGUGCUCAGAGCUGCAGCUGGGACUGUUUUCAGCAGCUGGGCUGCUGUUCUUUGUGACCCCUUCAUAAUGAUCAAGGACCUUGUUUACUUGGCUCUCUGAGCCCAGUUCAGCCUUACUCACCUGCUAUGUGUUGGCCACAGGCACGAGACACUGCAUUUAUUUUGCAGUGGUCUCCAAUUAAGUAUGUAGGUGCCACAGAAUCUCUGAAAUCUUCUGUUGGAGGUCAGAUUCUCUGUAUGGCAUAACCCUUAUCUGACUUUAUCAAAGGAGAGAAUCUAAAGCUGAAUGCAAUGGACACACUGUCAGGGGUCUGAGACUGGGAAGAGCUCCGCUUCCACUUGUGAACCAAUGCAUUGCUAUUUCUGCAGUGCAGUAAAUUCUUUUUCCAGGAAGAUAUGGUGUCAUCUUGUCUCAUGUUUCUUCUUCUGUGCCACAGCUGAAUGCAGGGAUACUUUUUCUUUUUUGAUUGGUAGCCCUGCCUGUGGCAGAGGGGUUGGAGAUUCAUGAUCCUUGAAGUCCCUUCCAACCCAGGCCACUCUGUUAUUUUUGGUAUCUAUCCCAAAUGAAAUGUAGUAAGUUUAUUCUGUGAAGACAUUUUGCUAAGAGAAAUACGUGGCUUAUACUUAUAGGUGCUGUUAUAACUGAAGCAUAACAGCAACUAUGUUAAUACCAGUACCAGCUGGAAAGAGGGUUAAUGAUUCCUAUUGCUGGAAAAAAAAAAAAAUCUUUAAAAUCUACUGGUGCUCAGGAAAGGGAAUAGCUAGGAGCUGUUUUUGUGGUAAUACAGAACCCGCCAGAGCAGGAAUGGCUCAUUCCAUUGUCUGCUGAAUGUGCCGAUGUUAAUUCCGAUAGCUCAGAGGAGUAUGAAAUCCCUUAAUGCCCUUGCUGCAUGUGUGUGGCCUUCUCUGGGAUGGGAGUGGCAGAGGCUGUGUGUUACCUCAGAGCGGCUGCCUUCUGCUUGGAAACCUUGGUAUGUGUGUUUUAGCAUGGAUGUCUUCAAGAGAAGGGAAAAAGAAGUCACCAUGCAUCUGCAUGGCUGGGGUAAGGAAUGCUUCUGGUUAAAUAAAGUCUAGCUUCAGAGGAGAGAAAAGAGCCUGAGCAGCACACUGACGUCUGUCAUGGAGUGUCUGUAGGAUGCAGUGAUCAUCCUGCCUCUGCCAGGUUCUGACCAGCACCUGGAUGGGGCAUCUUCCCUUACAAUGUGUGUGCUGGCAUGGCACACAGAAAUGACAAAGGGGAAGAAGGCCUUUGUGGCCAAAACCCAUGCAGAAAAUUGGAAACAUGGCAGUAGGUGAGUAAGCAAAUUGCCUGUGCUAGAAAUAGGAGGGAAAAAGAAUAACAGGUGUUGGAGGCCUUGUGGAAGCAGCAGCUUACUAGCGUGUUCCUGUCUCACCUUCUCAUGUUAGGUGUUUCAGAGAUACAGAAAUACAACUUAUGGGCAAGGCUGACAGUCUGAUGGCAUGCUUGGAUCCUAGCUGUCAGGGUUGUACAGCAGCUUUUCCUCUUUCCUUGGUGCCUCAUGGUGCCUCAGAGUGACCAGAGGCACAAUGAGACUUGUACUUUGCCUCCCAAGGAGUUUGCCCUGAAGCUGGAAUGGCCACUGUUUGCAGUCCAUGUGUUUGUCAUGCUGCAAAACCUGCUGAAACGUGGAGUGUGAACUUUGGGUUGGGUUUGUGGAAGCCUGGAAUGACAGUGGGACAGUGUUGAAAUACCUCAUUAUAAGCCUGAUGGGAUGUUAAGAGCAACAUCAAGGUAUUUGUUAUUUUGCUGCCAGGUGAUUUAGAAGAAUUACUGGCCCUAAUAACUUCUGAGCCUUUCUCAAGCCACAGCUGAAAUCCUGAAAAGCCUUCCAUGCUCAGGGGAAAAAAAUUUAAAAAAGCAAAAAAAAAAAAAAAAA